CAAAAAGUGCAGUGCGGCCAUCUUUCUGUAUGAUAUCACAGACAAGAUGAGCUUCGACCAUGUUCCAGAAUGGAUCCGACAAUUUCAGAACCUGAAAGUCGACGCGCCGAUUGCGAUCGUCGGAAAUAAGCUCGAUUUGGAUCGUCAGUGUCAGAGGCGUGAAGCACAGGGAUUGGCACGCGCAACUUCAGAUUUAGAGUUGACGCGAUCAGAUGCGUUUUAUGAACAUUCCGUCGAUGACAGCCUUACAAGAAAAAUUUCGGUAGAUGCUUUACAUAGACUAGCAGAAAAGCACAAUGCCAUGUUUAUGGAAGUCUCCGCCAAGACUCAGUUUCAGGUUGAGGAGAUGUUUCGCAUCGUUACUGACGGAAUUUUAGAACACCAGAGGAGGCAACAACUUGCAGGGAUGGAAUAUGGUGUGGAAGUUGGCGUCACUCAGCCUCGGAAAAGAAAAUGUUGCAGUUAGCCGCUGUAAACGGAAAUGUUGUAGCCUCGACAUCAACAGCAUGUUUUCCUUGAAACAGGAUUCCAAUAUUUGAGAACCGCUUUUUGAUGGCAAAUAAACACAGGAGUGACAGGAAUGAUAAUACUGGGAAGGAAUGUCGAGGAUCCAUAUGAUUCUACAAUUUAGGACUAGUCGGGGUUAGUGUAUUGGCACGAAGGUCACCUGUACAAAGUAAUGGGCAGCGGACUACGGUUCCUAGCGGACUAACAUUCCUUUCACACCAGUCUCCGUUCACCGGACAUGACCCACGCCUUUUUCAUCCUUGGCUUGGCACACUAGCCGGUACGCAUUGACUGGCGCUCCGUUGCUAAUCAUUUAAUGUCUUGCUUAUAGGCCUGCCGAAAUGUACACCUAGCGGUGAGACAGAACAGAACUGUGCAUUGUGAAGCUGCCGUGGCCAAGUACCUUAUAAAUGUACCAAGAACAACACCAAAACUAACUGGCAAGCUCUCAAAGCCACUAACAGCAUAGGUAGAAAGCGAUUUAUUUUGAGUAACACCUUAUAUGCAGUUCAGCAAUGUACACGUUCGCCAAUCAGAAUAAAUUAUACAACGAAUACUUUUACCUAUAAGUUACCAAUCAGAAGAAAUCGAGUACGAACUUGCACACCGGUCUGUACUUUAUUAAUAGACUAGAGACAUCUACCGGUAGCAUUAUAAAGCAAUCCCAACUACCACAGUACAACGUCACACCAUGUGCUACACGUACAGUUACUCCAGUACAUGUAUUCAGGGCACGACGAGUUAUGCCGUACAUAAAGGUGUAUAACAUUACAGGAUGAGAUGCAAACUUUCACACCGGCCUGUACUUUACUAAUAGAGACAUCUAGCGGUAGCAUUAUAAAGCAAUCUCAACUAACACAGCACUACGUGAGCCCAUGUACUACCGUAUUACACGUACAGUUACCCCAGUACAUGUAUACAGAGCACGACGAGUUAUAGGCCUACCGUACAUAAAGGUGUAUUACGUUUACGUGUAUUGAGAAGAUCAGCUCAUGCUGAUAAUGACUAUACUAGUUACCCUUGCCGAGAAAUUACGAGAAGUUAUGACUGUUAAUGAUUUACAUUUUAUGUAAAUAUUCCAGUAUGUACAUUUAGAGUUUAUAUUUAUGUAAUUGCUGAACGGUGUCCUUUGUCCAUAAGAUUUAUACUACCCCAAUAUGUACAUGUAUGUAUGUAUGUAUGUAUGUAUGUAUGUACAAGGAAUGGACAAAAAGUCAAAUUCCUUUCAAUUUCCCUAGAAAUACAGUAAAAUUUUAGAGGGAAUUUGAUAAUUUUUUCUUUGGUAUCAAUAAGGUUGUUAAGGUCAAAUUAAGGCCAAAGCAUCAAAUUUAAGCUUGAGGACAUAACACUAUAACUCCAUCUCCAUCAAGUGACGGGAUUUAUUUCAUUUUUGGUGAACAGAUUACAUUAUAAGGUAGCCCUCUAAAGGGAAUGAAUUGUUUCAUAAGUGACCUUGCGUUGUAUCUUCUAGGUCAAACCUGACUGUAUAACUAUCAAAGCAGAAUACACGAAAGUGAUAUAUUUAAAAAGUC